AUGAGCGCCGGGUAUUGGUUGGUCUGGCAACUCCCAAACCCCCAAACCCCUUCAAGACAACUCAUCUGCUAUAACAUGGUCAUAUCUAUAUUCUACAUAUCCUACAUUCUCUUCGAGAUCCCCUCCAAUAUUCUCUGCAAGUGGAUGGGGCCCGGCUGGUUCAUCCCCCUCCUGACCGUACUCUUCGGCGUCGCUUCCGUCGGCACCGCCUUUGUCGAGACGGUCCCACAGGCUGCCGGUGUGCGCUUUCUGCUUGGCAUCUUCGAGGCCGGCAUGAUGCCCGGAAUCGCCCACUACCUCUCCCGCUGGUACCGCCGCUCCGAGUUGGCAUUCCGCCUGUCCCUGUACAUUGUCAUGGCCCCGCUCGCAGGCGCCUUUGGCGGGCUGCUUGCCACCGCCAUCCUCCGACUCAACAACUUCGGAAGCCUCCAUAGCUGGCGCAUGAUUUUUGCCAUCGAAGGCAUCAUCACGGUCCUCCUGGGCAUUGUCGCCUUCGUGAUCCUCACCGAUCGUCCAGAAACGGCCCGCUGGCUCAGCCCCGAGGAGAAGCAGCUCGCUAUUGCCAGGAUCCAGUCGGAGCGCGUCGGCAGCACGCAAGUCCUGGACCGCAUCGACACCAAGAAGUUGCGGCGUGGCAUUUUCAACCCAGUCACCCUGAGCACGGCAUUUGUCUUCCUGCUGAACAACAUCACCGUGCAGGGUCUGGCUUUCUUCGCCCCCACCAUUGUCGCAACCAUCUACAAAGACAGCACCGUCGUCCAGAAGCAACUUUACACCGUGCCCCCCUAUGUCGUCGGGGCAUUCUUUACUGUGCUAUUUCCUCUCAUCAGCUGGCGCAUCGACCGGCGUCAAAUUUUCUUCAUCCUGUCUGCCCCGCUCGUCAUGGUGGGCUACAGCAUGUUCCUUGGGUCCCAUGACGCGUCGGUGAGAUAUGGCGCCACGUUCCUCAUUGCUUCUUCCGCCUUCUCCCUCGGCGCCCUCACAAACGCGCAAGUAUCCGCCAAUGUGGUGGGUGAUACCACCCGCAGCGCCGCCAUUGGCACUAAUGUCAUGUUUGGCAACACUGGCGGCCUCAUCAGCGCCUGGUCCUACUUGCCCUUUGACGCACCCAACUACCGCAUCGGCAAUGGCCUCAACCUGGCGGCAGCCGGUACCGUCUUGAUCAUUAGCACCCUCACACUACUGUGGAUGAAGGCAGACAAUAAGAGAAGGCGGAGCGUGGACGUUGAUGAGGAACUUCGACACAAGACGCAGCAAGAAAUCGAGGACAUGGACUGGACUCAUCCAGGCUUCUUGUGGAAACCCUAA